UCACUCUGUCCCCGACUUUGCAACUCUGCCGUGAGCGUUGAAAGUGCCUCCAUGACAUGGGCUUUUCUGACUAGCAUGGAGAUGGCCGGAUCCGGUUUCGUUCGACCGCCAGAAGAGAAGGGAGUGCAGCUGAAAAUGGGAAAAAAAUGUGGGCAUUCUACGAACUUGGAGCUGUCUGUCCCUCUCGCGUUUCAUGUCCCCACCGGCUUUACUUCCACAACCAAGCUCAAGCUUGAUAUUGAAGUUGGCAGACUGGACGCAGACUCGUGUCCAACCACAAUCGCACAUGCCUACAACGUGGAUACGUACUUUACACUUCAGUAUCCGGGCUAA